AUGGAUCAACUAACACCCGAGAUCAUCCAUGUCGUGUGCUCAUUCCUGGAAAUCAAGGAUCUGCGGAACUUCCGCUUGACGUGCCGCGCUUACGGUGACAUCGCGGCGUGCCACGCUCUACGAGAGGUCGUUUUCUACCUGCAUUAUGAGGAUUUCAAGGCGCUCGAGGCCAUCUCGCGGCAUCCCAUAGUGUCCAAAAACGUUAACUCGCUGGUCUACGUUGCGCACGCCUUGCCCACGCCCAUGCUGUCUUUCGAUGAAUUCGUAGCCGACUACUACUCUGAGCGGGAGGAUCAUCAAGCCUACAUGGACCUGCACUCGCUUUUGCGGAAUCGGCCAUCCCCGCCGUUGAAAACGCGUCAACUGCGUGCAAGUUACCGGAAGUAUAAAGAGACCAUGGAGCAUCAGAUUCGCAUCAUCGAGAACAGGGAGGACUACCACUGCCUCCGCGACGUGAUUAGUCGGCUCCCUGCUCUGCAGGAAAUCAUGAUAUCGUCAGACAACUGGGAGCGUGAAGCCGCAACCUACAAAACACCGUUUGACGGCUGCAUGCAGCGGCCCUACGUUGAACUUAGGCCCGAGGGUUGUCGCCAGUUAGUCACCGUUCUCGAGGCUGUUGCCAGUGCUGGAACCCAGCUCCGGAAGCUAGCAGCUGGCUCUCUCGACUGGCGUUUCUUCCGGGAUGAGUGCGACCUUGUAAAACGAUCCUGGGCUUCGCUUGCCAAUCUCACAGUGGUGGAAUUUUACAUUGACACCGCCAUCGAUGACGACAUGGAGACAGCCGGCGUCGAAGUUCCGGAAUGCCGCGACGUCUUGAGAACAGGGGUGCUUAGGAAGUUCCUCACGUCGCUCAAACACCUCAAGGGCAUCUACGUCAAGUUCACCUACCAUUCAGAAGACCAUGGCUAUGCUGCGAGAGUGGGAGACAUCAUCGAGAACGGCCAUUACUGGCCUCAACUGAGUAGCAUUGGCCUGGGCAACGUGGAAGGAGAGCGCCAGGAUCUGGAGCAUAUUUUUGAUCUGCACAAACCCACCCUCAAACAUGUGUGCCUCGAGGAUUUCUGCCUUCGGAACACCUCCUGGAAGUAUCUCCUUCCCAAUAUGCGGCAAAUCCUACAGUUGGAGACUGUGUGCAUCUGCGGGGCAAUACAGGGCUGCGACGAACACUCUGAUCCUCCAGUGGAAGAAAGCUGGGUAUGUGGCAGCUCGUUCUGGGGACCGACUGAGGUAGGGGUUGCAGUCAAUGAUUUUCUCAAGGGCGAGGGUUCAGAGAUGCCAUUGAAGGACAAAGAUAUGGAGUGGCUGGGCGAGUUCGAAUGA